UUGCGGGUGCACGUGCAGCAGCAGCACGCCUGGCGCACUGCGCAAGGGUUCUCAGCGUUACGUACCGAUGACGUGCGGGUGCACGUGCAGCGGCAGCACGCCUGGCGCACUGCUCAAGGGUUCUCAGCGUUACGUACCGAUGACUUGCGGGUGCACGUGCAGCAGCAGCACGCCUGGCGCACUGCGCAAGGGUUCUCAGCGUUACGUGCCGAUGACGUGCGGGUGCACGUGCAGCGGCAGCACGCCUGGCGCACUGCGCAUGGGUUCUCAGCGUUACGUACCGAUGACGUGCGGGUGCACGUGCAGCAGCAGCACGCCUGGCGCACUGCGCAAGGGUUCUCAGCGUUACGUACCGAUGACGUGCGGGUGCACGUGCAGCGGCAGCACGCCUGGCGCACUGCGCAAGGGUUCUCAGCGUUACGUACCGAUGACGUGCGGGUGCACGUGCAGCGGCAGCACGCCUGGCGCACUGCGCAAGGGUUCUCAGCGUUACGUACCGACGACGUGCGGGUGCACGUGCAGCAGCAGCACGCCUGGCGUACUGCGCAAGGGUUCUCAGCGUUACGUACCGAUGACGUGCGGGUGCACGUGCAGCGGCAGCACGCCUGGCGCACUGCUCAAGGGUUCUCAGCGUUACGUACCGAUGACUUGCGGGUGCACGUGCAGCGGCAGCACGCCUGGCGCACUGCGCAAGGGUUCUCAGCGUUACGUACCAAUGACGUGCGGGUGCACGUGCAGCGGCAGCACGCCUGGCGCACUGCGCAAGGGUUCUCAGAGUUACGUACCGAUGACUUGCGGGUGCACGUGCAACAGCAGCACGCCUGGCGCACUGUGCAAGGGUUCUCAGCGUUACGUACCGAUGACCUGCGGGUGCACGUGCAGCGGCAGCAAGCCUGGCGCACUGCGCAAGGGUUCUCAGCGUUACGUACCGAUGACGUGCGGGUGCACGUGCAGCAGCAGCACGCCUGGCGCCAAGGGUUCUCAGCGUUACGUACCGAUGACGUGCGGGUGCACGUGCAGCGGCAGCACGCCUGGCGCACUGCGCAAGGGUUCUCAGCGUUACGUACCGAUGACGUGCGGGUGCACGUGCAGCGGUAG